UAUUCUUCGACGAUAGAUUUGGUUUUGGACGUCUUGCAAUUCUUCAUCAAUUUUGUGUUUUCGAUAUUAACAAAAACAUAUUCAACCACUUGCUACAACGGAAUUAGUGUAAUUAGUUGUUUGACUCGUCGUGUUUGAUGAACUUGAGAGAGAAUUAAUAUAUUUUUAUUCCAAGUGAGGGAGGAGGUAGAUAGGACAAUGGCUCAGACAAUUGUGGAACCUGAUGCUGCUGGUGUCGUUAGAAAAUUAGCCGAGAUUAUUGAAGAAAGUGCUAAUGAUGCAAUCGGAGCCAAUGACAUCUUCAAAAUUGGUGUAUCAGGUGGAUCCCUCGUAAAAUUUUUAUCAGACGGAUUGCCAGCAAUAACAACUGAUUGGAGCAAAUGGCGCUUUUUUUUCUGUGAUGAAAGAGUUGUGCCAUUUGACCAUGAGGACUCAACGUUUGGAGUCUACAAGGCCAGUCUCAUUGGAAAAAUUCCCAUAACUGAGGAUCAGUUCAUAACAAUUGACUCGGACUUUUCUGCUGUUGAGGCUGCCAACGAUUACAUAAAGAAGAUGGCAGUUUACUUUCCUCCAGACAGCUUACCAAGAUUCGACUUGCUGUUACUGGGUAUGGGUCCGGAUGGUCACACGUGCUCACUCUUUCCUGGCCAUCGACUGCUUGAAGAAACUAGUCGGUGGGUCUGCCCAAUCAAUGAUUCCCCAAAACCACCUCCCUCAAGGAUUACCCUGACCUUUUCAGUCAUCAACAAUGCUAAAGCAUGUAUAUUUGCUAUUACUGGAGCUAGCAAAGCAGAUAUGGUUAAGCGUAUACUGAAGGAUAAAGAGAAUCUCCCUGCUGGUCGGGUUCAACCAACGAAUGGAAAACUGUAUUGGAUCCUAGAUCAGGAAGCGGCCCGUGACCUAACUGAGACUGGAUAAGUGGCUAUUUUUCCUUGUUUUUACACUCUAUUCUUGUUUUUCGUGCAACGACAUUCCUAAUACAGUUUAUAACUUCAUAAUUUUUGUUAUUCUCUCUAUUAAAUCGUGCAUUUGAGACGUAUCACUCAGGUAAACAAUUAAAAAUGGUGAAAUCUCCUUUUUUUCUAUAAAAAAUACGUCAGAAUGCAUGUACAUACGAAUACUUGUGAUAAAUACAAUUUAAAUAGUCAAAAUUCUGUACGAUAUUAAAUAUAUGUUGAGUAAUAUUACAUGUCCGUUUUAUACACACUAA